CACCGAACACAAGCAACAGACAAGCGAAGAAAAUGUUCUCCCCAAAUAAUACAAACUAUUUUGUUGACAACUCAUCAACUGUUUGUGAUUUUCUGAUGUUUCCCAGUGAACCGUUGACCAUGGAAGCCGUGCCCUUAGCUGCAACGAAAUCCAUGGAGAAGUGCAAGAGAUCCCGCACGGCCUUCACCAGCCAUCAGCUGCUUGAGUUGGAGCGAGAAUUCCAUUUGAACAAAUACAUGUCACGUACACGACGCAUUGAGAUUUCCCAGCGCUUGAAUCUUACCGAAAGACAGGUGAAGAUCUGGUUCCAGAAUCGUCGCAUGAAGAGCAAGAAGCUGGCCAAUAAGCAGGUGUCCAAGGGAGUUCUUACCCCCACAAAAUUGUGCGACAUGCCCUUAAACGACGACCUCCUGGAGCACGAAAAAAUUGUGGAAGUUCUAUUGCAAUAUGUGGAGAGUAUGCCACAACAACAGGCUACGGUAGUGCCCCAAGAGGAAGUGUUCCUACAUCCUACUGAUGUGCCUCUACCUCCUGCUGAUCGGUCCCUCCAACAAGGUCACAUAACGCCUCCCUAUCAGGCGUAUGAUUACCUCCAGGAGUUCUGCCCAGCACCCUUGCCGAUUGCAGAGACUCCCCACAACCAAAUGGAAAAUGGCCAAAAUUGGCCCACCAAUUGGUUUGCGCCUGAAGCAACUUUUGAGCUCCCCCAAGAUCUACAGAUGCCCAGCAGCAAUUCUUACACCCAAGCCGAUUUAAUGGGGCAAAACUUGUGCUGGGAUACGAAUAGUACUUCUUCUGGAGAGUCCUUGGAGGUGGAUUUUGAUUUCAUACAGAAUUUAAUAGACUUUUAA